AUGGCUGCUUCGGUAGCGACAGCGUCAUCGUCUGACACCAUGACCGGCAUGACAGACCCGUCACACAGCACACGCCGCCAUCACAGGAACAAGAAAGGCUCGGACCCUUUCCUGGAGCUGGCAGCCGACGACGCGCCUACCGACAGGCCCUCGGUUGAUGCGGCGCACGAGGGCGCGAGCGGCGACUCGACCUCGACGUUCGCUGAUCUUGUACUCGCUCCACUCACGAUGGUCUCGUUCCUCCUGUCGCUAUUUCUGGUCGACCGGCAGCAACGAGCGUGGCGUCUGUCACAGCAUUCAAUAGCAAGCCACGAAUCUCUGUGGUCACGCCUGACGCAUCUGUCGUGGCUUGACCCACAGCCCUACCAGGACUACAGGAAUAGCACCUGGCAGCGAGACGAGAGAGGAGCCUCGGCCCAGAUGGUUCCUGAGCCUGCCUUCCAGAGAUGGUACUCUCGAAAGAAGCAUCGCGCCGUGGCCAAACUGGAGAUCGGGGAUGCACUCGAGAUGAGGAAGACAGUUCUGCUCGGCCUGGCGGCUUCUUGGUUGGUAGGGCUCUUCGCGGUCUAUCAAGCGGGUAGAGGCGUUUAUGGCUUGCUCACACGACCCUGA